AUGCAACGAACAAACUUAGACCCGGCUUACGUCACCGAUAACACAAAAUCGUUUCCAACAAUUUCACAGCCCAAAAUAGUCGGUUUCUUCAGCGUCGACUCGAAACGAGAGUACAUACCGUCGGCCAAAAAUCUCAAAUAUUUGAAUUUACCGACACCGGCUUCGGGUAGACCUUUGCAGAUAGAUCUCAACAAAGGUUUUCAAAUUCGUAAACCGAAACCGGACAGUGCCAAACAGGAAAAAUUAGACCAUUUACUAAAGUUUAUUAUUGAAAAUCAGAUGAACUUGCGAGAAAGUGGGCCUGAUGCAGAGCACACAACUCGACUCAACUGUGAUUUCGUGUGCUUCCGGGGCUUGCUGAGAAUGCUGAUGUGCACCCCAUACGAACGCAAAACCCCGUGGAUAGUUUUGGCCAGCCGCUACAAAGGAACCAUUUAUUUGUGUGCUGAAGAUACACCGGAGAAGCUUCAAGAGGAAGCAACACUGACUGAGCAGCAGAAACGAUUCUGUUAUUAUGGAUUCAAGUUUGAACAACACGUCCUGACUGACGAACCUAACAGUAAGCCAGAUACAAACUCUCCUGUAAUUGAAUCCGAGGAGUUUUGCGCCAUGUUUCGUACCACGCUUGAGAAAAAUCGAAUUUUGUAUGGUGCUGAAAUGGAUGGGAUUGUCGCAGACAAGCCAGUUGAUAAAAAUUUUCUUGACGCAGAUCAUCUUGCACGACUUGAAUUCAUCGAAGUGAAAGUAAAACGAAACGAAACGAACCCACGACAAGUAGAGAACUUUUUUAGGUUUAAAACUAGGAAUUGGUGGUGCCAGAGCUUUCUGGUUAACAUUCAACGAAUAUUCGUGGGUCUGAGAGAUGAUCUCGGCAUGGUCAAUGAAAUCAAAGAAAUGAGCUUAAAAGAAAUCGACCGAUCAUCCCGACGAUACUGGUCGGCUUCGAUUUGUACUGCUUUUUGCUCUCAUUUUCUUGAUACGGUUCAAAGAAUAAUGCUAAACGUUGAUUGUCCGAAUACGGUCUAUCGUUUCGAAUAUGAUUCCAGAAGGUGUAGGAAUGUUGUGUAUUUUGUUCAAAAAGAACCAAAUAACGAUUCCUUCCUUCCAAAUUGGUACUGUUCCGUGAUAUAAGAGGCUUUAUUAUUAAGGUAUUUUUUAAGCCAGGGAGUUGGGAACAAUAAAAAUGCAUUUCAUUGUACACA